CCUCCCCGCUCGCCCGCCUUCCACUCCGGGUACCCAGGAGGCCUUCGUAGCGUAUGGAGAGCUGGGCUAGGAGCUCGCUGCGGGGAGCGAGGCGGCUGUGGGUUCCUCGCCCCCAUGUGGCGGGAAGCCGGACGGCCUGUUGGCGCCCCCUGAAUCUGUGGGCAUUAUCGGGUAAUCACAAUAGUCAACUUCAUCAGAUAUUUCAAGAAUCCUUCCAUGUGAAAGUUCAGUUAAACUAUGGCGUACUUGUUAAUUUGCCUAAAGUGAGAAACAAAAUGUCACUCACAAGUCAACCAUACAGCACAACAGUAGAUGCAGAAGAAAUGAAAAAAUUCCAACCGUUGGCACACAAGUGGUGGGAUGAAGAUGGAGAAUAUGCAGCCCUUCAUUCUAUGAAUGAUAUUAGAGUGCCUUUCAUUAGAGAUACUGUAUUGAAUAUGAAAAAUGACCAUCAGCUAGGAAGCCCUCUCUUUAGCAUGAAGAUCCUAGAUGUUGGCUGUGGCGGUGGAUUGCUUUCUGAGCCCCUAGGUAGACUGGGAGCUUCAGUUACUGGAAUUGAUCCUUUGGAAGACAACAUUCGGACAGCGGAACUGCAUAAAUCAUUUGAUCCAGUCCUUACUAAGAGGAUUCAGUACAGAACCUGUACACUAGAGGAUAUUGUGGAAGAGGAAUCAGAAAAAUUUGACAUCAUUGUUGCUUCUGAAGUAGUAGAACAUGUGGCUGAUGUUGAAAAGCUAAUCAGAUGCUUUGGUGAAGUGUUGAAACCUGAAGGUUCCCUCUUUAUUACUACAAUCAACAAAACACAGCUUUCCUAUAUUUUUGGCAUUAUUUUUGCUGAGAGAUUACUGGGCAUUGUUCCGGCAGGCACUCAUGACUGGGAGAAGUUCAUAGCACCUGAAGAGUUAGAGCGUCUCCUAGAAUCGAAUGGUUUUUUAGUUAAGGUAGUCAAAGGCAUGUUAUACAACCCCCUUUUUGGAUCCUGGAGCUGGAUUGGAAGCACUAGCAUUAACUAUGCACUCCAUGCGAUUAAAGCAAGUAUGCAAGAACAACUGGAUCUGAAGGAAGCCUCCACAGAGCAUCAACAAGCAGAAGCUAACAUCAGAACUGCUAGCUAAGACAUAAUGUCUGUAGUUAUUACAGAAGCACGGAAGAAGAUGUGAUAAAUAGCUGUAAUCAGAAAGGGGCAAGCAACCUCAAGUGUUGGAGAAAGUGUUUGCUGCCACAUGGUAGAUUUAUUAUUUGUUUGUAAUAUCAGAUAUAUGUGAAUAAAUAUUCUGUGUAAUUUGCUGGAA